AAGCUCCAGGAGUAUCUAGCAGCCAAGGGAAAACUGAAGUGCCAAAACACCAAUGCCUAGCACACUACAGUGUUCCAGGAAUGAUGUUGCAAUUAAUAAGACUGUGCAAAUAUAAAGAAAAGACGUAUGGUUGGAAUACGGUGUCCACGUAAGACCUCUCUGAAGGGAUCACAGAUAAGUAGGCCCUAUCUAAAAGCCAAGAAUAAUUGCCCAAAUCCUCUGCCCUCCAAAUCUACUAGUAAACCCAAAAAGGAUGUUGCUUUGCCUGUCAAAGCUACACGACCGAUCAACAUUAAACUUCAGCCCAGACCUGCCCAUAUCCCAGGGUCCCAGAAGCCAAAGUUGGAGCCACCAAAACUUCUGGGCAGAAGGCCGACUUCAGGAUAUGGUUCUUCCAACCCAAACUGUAAGCGUCCCAGCAGUCGUCAGCAACAGCACAAAACAGCAGCAUCCACUGGACAGCUGUCAAGGAAGACAGAGGGGUCACUUAAUAUACAGGAACCGAAAGCUACAAAGCAGCAAGUGACAGAUCAAGAAAAUGCAGCACACACAGACUCUGCGGGCAAUGUCUGUGGUGAGGGUGAGUCCUUACACAACUCUCUAAAAGAGGUAAACAAAGAAAACUUGCCCCAGACCUUACUGGACUCUGAGAAGAUGCUACAUGCUCAGUUAUGGGCCAAACUUAAACCAAAAACUAGCUCUUCUAAUCAAACCAAAAGCAGUCUGGCCCCUAAGCAAGCCUUGUGUAAAAGUUCAUUGGAUCAGGCUGUUCUGAAAGACAGAGCUAAUAAAGGGUCUGUUGGGCAAACACAAACCAGGAUUCCACCAGUAAAGUCACAGCAGCUCCCUAAAGGAACAGCUCUUGUGAAACCAGGAGAAAAAUGCUCAAAGACAGCUCCCUCUCACUCCAUUCAGACCCUUAAUAGGAAUCAAGUAUCAAAGAAACCAGGGGUCAAAGACAUGAAGAAUAUAAAGGUUAAUAAUGGUAAAUAUGAAAGUCUAGGUGGAGCUAAGUUACCGUUACACACUGUUACUGAACAAAAAGUAGAGCACACCAGACCUAGGACCUGCCCCAGUCUACUUCAGGGAGGACCUCGCCACAGACAUGCACACGUUAAGCAAGACCAGAAACCCCCUCAACCUUGUUCUGGACCCCAGACAUCAUGCGUGCAGCAGAAAUCCAAAACUGUGAGCCGCAGGCCUAACGUGGCAGUUGGCAGCUUUACUUCAGUCAUUCCCAACACCCCAAGCAUAAGAGCAAGUAGAGCCAAGGGGAAUAAACACAACAGCAGCUAUCAACAGAAAGCACGGACCUUGGACUCCAAGCUGAAAGGUACUCUUCCCCAGAAUCAUUUUUUAAACAAGACAGCUCCCAAAACUCAGACUGAUAGCACAGCCACAAAUAGAAGAGGAGUCCUGAAUAGAACCCAGACUAACCCAGAUGUUAAGAAGAUCACAGCAGAGGACCGAAGGAAACAGCUGGAAGAAUGGCAGAAAUCUAAGGGGAAAAUGUAUAAGCGGCCUCCGAUGGAACUUAAAACAAAAAGAAAAAUAAUGGAGGAGAUGAAUAUUUCAUUCUGGAAGAGCAUGGAAAAAGAAGAGGAAGAAAGGAAAGCACAACUUGAAUUGUCCAAUAAAAUUAACAGCACUCUGACCGAGUGUCUGCAGCUCAUCGAACGGGGUGUACUUUCUAAUGAAGUAUUUACCGUAUUGUCUAGUAUUCCUGAGGCUGAAAAAUUUGCUAAAUUCUGGAUCUGCAAAGCAAAGUUCUUGGCAAGUAAAGGCACGUUUGAUGUCAUCGGACUGUAUGAAGAGGCCAUUAGAAGUGGGGCAACACCAAUCCAAGAGUUACGAGAUGUUGUUCUUAAUAUUUUGCAAGACCCAAACAGAACCAGAGACGGAAUUACCUCUAACUCUGUGGUCGCUGAAACUCAUAUAAUAUCCACAGAAGAGCUGGCCAGGGACAUGGAAUCUGGAAGAAAGUCUUGUCUUUCUCCAAAACACAGGGAACAAUUUCCGGCAACACCCCAAAUAACGGAAACAGGAGAGGGUGAUCACCCUGGUAUCAAAUUGCAGGUCGCUCCCAUCCCCAGAAUAAGCGGAAUGCCAGAAGUGCAGGACGUGAAGCUGAUCACCCCCGUGCGGCGGUCGGCGCGGAUCGAGCGAGCCGUGUCCCGCUACCCGGAAAUGCUGCAGGACCAUGACCUGGUGGUGUCUUCCCUCAAUGAGCUGUUGGAAGUGGAAGAAACAGAGUGUUUUGUAUUCCGUAAAAAUGAGGCUUUGCCUAUAACGUUAGGGUUUCAGAUCCUUGAAUCAUAAUUUCUGGAUGAUUUUCACUAAAGAGGUAUUUCAGAUCUCUAUGAGAUAAGAAACGCCCCCGUCCAGCUGCCCGGGAGCAAACUGCCACGGACGUAGACUGGACUGGGACAGUAGCUCGCGGGGCUCUCUCUCCAAUUGCGUCUCCCACAGAAAGGCCUUCGGCUUUUUUGUUUAAAGUUGUAGUUUGCCAGUUUAACUGCAUGCAGAAAUUUCAUGCUGUGGGGUGCGAAUUUACCCCACAAGAUGGUAAGGAUAUUUAUUGGGGGGGGGGCCACAAUGUGACUGCUCUUCCUUCCUGCACCCAGCUGAGCAGAGAGAGAAGUCCUCCCAGCACGAACCCACGGACCCCAUGAUCCCAUGAGAUGGGACAUGGUGGGCCACCUGGUCAAGUCCCCUCGUUUUACAGAUGAGUGUAUACUCGCUACCCCUUUGCUCAGAGAUCACAAAUGACUUACGUGUGACCUUCGCCUUCUGUCACCGUGUCUUUGUUGUGAGGGGUCAUCCGCGUCCUUUCUGUCCUAGUCGUCCUAGUGAAGCAACCCUGCAUGGGGGUGGUCACCUAGCUUCCUCUGUCCAAACCUAAUGUUUGCAUUUGUUACUCAGAAACGCUUUAAACGAAAACAAGGAGAGGGAUGGGAGGGGCUGCCUGCUCCGCACUUCAGUUCUCUGCUCGGCCAGGGAGGCCACACACUCCGCAGGCUGCCUCUCCUCCUGGGCACCAGCUCUUGGGAAGGGAAACUCAAAAUCACUGUGUAAAUGUAAUGUGUAGAAGAACCCUAGUCGACAUUCUAAACGUAGCUUUCUUAAUAUUCAGUUAUUAACCAAAAGAAUAUUAAAGUUCCUUUUUCUGCCU